GAGCUGCAGAGUCCGGCCCUGCGCACUACAAAACCUUACUCAGUAGCUCUGCAGUAAAAAACGCAGGAAAUACGUAGCCUAUAACAUAUGUAGUAUUCUUUUUUACUUCUACGUGUUCUACGGGUUCUUCUAAGUGUUUUAACUCAAUGUCUGAAAUCAAAAUUAAUACCUUAGUAUUUUGCCAUAGCUUUAUGGUGUAGGGUCAGCCAAUCGGUCAUAAACUCUUACAGAACCGAAAUUGUCCGCAAAAUGUGGGACUUUAAGUAAACGGGAUCUAGCAGAUACGGUACUUCUGCUUCAGAAUUUUCGAUAAAAACUUGGACUGGCUGUUUAGCAGUAAUUACAAUCGUUGAAGCAAAACCCACCGGAACAUUUCAUGCCGGACGUACAAUGGCCUGCAGCUGGUCCAUUUUGUCGUGCUUCGAAACCGCUCAUCCUUUUUAGGCUUCGAAACCGUUGAUCCAUUUGGAACGGAAACACAAAAGUGGGAGAGAUAUUCCGAAUAGUUGAACACUACCGCAACUGCAAGCACCGUGACAUUUCUAAACCGAACCUGCAUUGGACCGCACUCGGGAGACGGCCAGCAUGCAACACAAUAAAAUAAGUACGUAUGCGUCGUAUGAUGAAUUCAUAUUUGGACAUCGAUGAAAAAAACCUCCAUAGUCUGUUAGGCCGUGUGGUUUCCAUUUGCGACUUAGAGUACUCCGGCAAGCCAGUGCCCAGAGCCCAAGGCUCGUUCGUCCCUUUACAUUUUCUGUCCUUAUUUCUGAAACAGAGCCAUCCGUGCUGCUUCCUAUCGUUUUCCGAAGCAUACAUUCACUCUAAGAUAAUAACCACGAAGUGCGGAUUUUCCCUUCAAAAUUAUGUCAGCUCCGGACUGCUUCGGUACUAUAGCGCUCACGAUCCGGAUUUCACGAGCGUAUCCACCAUAAGAAUGAUGGAAACCAAGAGUUGCACUGGCACCGAAUGUACUGGCCAACCAUCUCCUAUGCAUUUAUUAGGGGAACAUCCUGCUCCUCUUUUACACACUGUUUUCCGAGCUAUUUCGCUGGUGAUUGCUGAAAUGCGAGCCAAAUACCCGGACCGUCCCCCUUGCAUUGUUAUCGAGGAUCUGAGCUUGAUUUUGGAUUUGGGCUGUGAAUUAAAAACAGUCAUCGCCUUUGUGCAUUCUCUGCAUUCCUUGGUAGAAGACGGAUGCUUAGUCCUUUAUACCAGUGCAUCAGAGGAUCUGGAGACCGAUGUUGAACUGCGCAAUUUUCUUUUCCAUUAUGCUGAAUGGAAUUUGGAGACAUACGGUCUUCGAAGUGGUUUAUCUUCAGCAUUGGACGGCGAGCUCCGCAUUUAUGUUCGCAAGCCCGGCAGUUUAUGCGAAACUAAUAAAAUCCUGCAGUACAAAGUUCAAGAGCGUCGGAUACAGUUUUUUGCUCCAGGAACAUCCCAUGGAACGUUGUGAUUUGUGAUGUCGAUUACCCUGAUUGUUCUUGUUGUCGCAUUUUUUAGAGGUAUUAUUAAUUUUUUUCUUACGUUUUCGACCAGCAGUACUUUGAUUCAUAAGCUCUUUCCAAAGCAAGGUGUUGUUAUGCUACCAGAAUUUUGGCUUAGUGUGUAAUUGAAAUAUGAUACUGUGCAUUUAUUAAUCGCUUAAUUUUUCCUAAUGACAUGUCUGCGAUAUUAAUUGAUUGGAUUAAAUUUUUUU